AUGUCAAAUGUCGAAUUGUCCGACGCUGCACUGUCAGUUCUCGAAAGAGGGAUGAAUUUUGCCAUCACACCCAGACACAUUCCCUACGAGAAUGUAAUCGGAUCGGUCGAGGAAGGUAUCAGACGUAACAAAAUACCAUCAAUAGAUGCGGACAUUAUGAGACAAGAUAUCGCCGUGACAUUACGUCAUGCGAAACCACCAAGGCCGAACGUUACUGUUUCAGAAUUGGCUGCUCUAAAGGAACUACGGAGAGAUCAAAAUAUAAUAGUGUUAAAGGCGGACAAAGGGAAUGCAACCGUGGUAUUGAACACCACUGAUUAUGAUAAUAAGAUCUCAAAUCUACUCAGUGAUGAUAAUACAUACAAAAAGGUAAAUUACGACCCAACAGCGAGAACAAAUCGGAGCACACGCAAACUAAUAAAGGAAUGUUCUCACGUACUAGACGACGAUACUGUCAAAUAUUUGCUACGCCCUAGGAACGUCCAGCCGCCUAAACUAUACGGCCUGCCGAAGAUACAUAAGCAUAACGUGCCAUUACGGCCCAUUGUGAGUCAAAUAGGCUCACCAACAUACGAAUUGGCGAAGCACGUGUCAAAUGUACUACAGCCGUUAGUAGGACAAACGUCGUCAUACAUUAGGGACUCCCGCCAUCUAGUGGACAUUUUGUCACAUAAUAAGGUUGAGGAGAAUGAGUUAAUGGUCAGUUUCGAUGUAGAAUCGCUCUUCACCAAUGUACCAGUGACGGAGUGUCUUGAAAUGAUUAAGGUCAAGUUACGAAACAACGAUAUCCCGAUGGAAUAUGCCACUUUAUUGCAUCACUGUUUGUCGAAGAACUACUUCAUAUACAGAGGUCAGUACUACCUUCAGGUAGAUGGGGUGGCUAUGGGCAGUCCAGUAGCUCCAGUGGUAGCCAACCUUUGGAUGGAACAUGUGGAAGAACAAGCCCUGGCGACUGCACCUGCCGAAACCAAACUAUGGAAGAGGUACGUUGAUGAUGUUUUUUUGCAUAGUGAAGGGAAACAAACGAGACGUUGA